GCCGCGGCCGGUCCCAGUCCCGGUUGCAAGGCUGUUGGCGAAGGCGUCUGCGUCUACGUUUCCGUACGGCUGGCCGCGCGGCCCUGGGAUAGUCUGUAGAGGAUGCCAAAUGAGAGAAUCCCCCACUCAAGUCAAACUCAGGAGCAAGACUGUUCACAGAGUCAGGAUAUCAGUGAGAGUGCAGAGGGGACAAUCAAGCAGGAAAACGAUGGCUACGUGGAGCUGGGGGAGAGCCUCCCCUCUUGUUUCCCUGCUAAUGGACCCUCCACUUCCGCCAAGGGGUAUCCCUCGGAACUUCCGAGGAGAGGGCCAGCCCUGCUGCACAUCAACAGACAUCAGAUCCAGGCGGUGGAGCCCAGUGCACAGGCCCUGGAGCUGCAGGGUUUGGGUGUGGACGUCUAUGACCAGGACGUGCUGGAGCAAGGAGUGCUUCAGCAGGUGGACAGCGCCAUCCACGAGGCCAGUUGUGUGGCCCAGCUUGCCGACGUGGAGAAGGAGUAUCGGUCAGUGCUGGAUGACCUCACGUCAUGUACGACAUCCCUAAGGCAAAUCAAUAAAAUUAUUGAACAACUUAGGCCUCAAGCUGCCACCAACAAAGACAUCAACAGGAAACUAGAUUCUGUAAAACGACAGAAGUACAACAAGGAACAACAGCUGAAGAAGAUCACAGCAAAACAAAAACGUCUCCAGGCUAUCCUUGGGGGAGCAGAGGUGAAAGUUGAACUAGAUCAUGCCAGUCUGGAGGAGGAGGAUGCAGAAGCAGGGCCGUCCUGCCUCGGCAGCAUGCUCAUGCCUGCUCAGGAGACUGCGUGGGAAGAGCUCGUCCGCACUGGUCAGAUGACACCUUUUGGUACCCAGAUCCCUCAGAAGCAGGAGAAAAAGCCCAGAAAACUAAUGCUCAACGAAGCAUCAGAUUUUGAAAAGUAUUUGGCAGAUCAAGCAAAACUGUCCUUUGAAAGAAAGAAGCAAGCUUGUAAUAAAAGAGCAACUAAAAAAGCCCCGGCCUCGGUCACUUCUGAGCUGAGCUCAACACUCAGUGAAAACAAACCAGACAAGAGAGGCAAAGUUCUCUCGAAAACAGAUAAGCGCUUGAAAAAACACAUCAAGAAACUCCAGAAGAGGGCUCUUCAGAUCCAGGGGCAGGUGGGAUUGCUAAAGGGAAAGAAACCCUUGGCGUGUGAUGUGAGGCCAAAGGCAGAGGGAGACUCUGAGGGUGAAGAGUCUGAGUACCUGCCCACGGAGGAGGAGCUGGAGGAGGCGGCAGGGGCUGACCUGUCCGGGGAAGGCACCGACUGUGAUCGGAGACUGGUGCUCAGUCGCCAGAAACGGCAGAAGAAAGUCACAGUGCAGGAGACUGAUGAUGACUUUUUUCCAAGUUCUGGGGAAGAAGCUGAAGCCGCAGGAGGAGGAGCAGGAGGUCGGAAAGUAGUGAGAUGCCGAGAUGAUGGAGAUGAAGGUUAUUAUAAGCAGCGGUUAAGGAGAUGGAAUAAACUGAGACUGCAGGACAAAGAGAAGAGUUUGAGGCUUGAAGAUGAUUCUGAGGAAAGUGAUGCCGAAUUUGACGAAGGUUUUAAAGUGCCGGGUUUUCUGUUCAAAAAGCUUUUUAAGUACCAGCAGACAGGUGUUAGGUGGCUGUGGGAAUUGCACUGCCAGCAGGCAGGAGGAAUUCUGGGAGACGAAAUGGGAUUGGGCAAGACCAUCCAGAUAAUUGCCUUCUUGGCAGGUCUGAGCUACAGCAAGAUCAGGACUCGUGGUUCAAAUUACAGGUUCGAGGGGUUGGGUCCGACUAUAAUUGUCUGUCCGACGACAGUGAUGCAUCAGUGGGUGAAGGAAUUUCACACGUGGUGGCCUCCAUUCAGAGUGGCAGUUCUGCACGAAACUGGGUCCUUUACCCACAAAAAGGAGAAACUAAUUCAAGAUAUUGCUCAUUGUCAUGGAAUUUUGAUCACUUCUUACUCCUACGUUCGACUGAUGCAAGAUGAUAUUAGCAGGCAUGACUGGCACUAUGUGAUCUUGGACGAAGGACACAAAAUUCGGAAUCCAAAUGCUGCCAUCACUCUUGCUUGCAAACAGUUCCGCACCCCUCAUCGCAUCAUCCUGUCUGGCUCACCGAUGCAGAAUAACCUCCGUGAACUGUGGUCACUCUUUGAUUUCAUCUUCCCGGGAAAGUUGGGCACGUUGCCUGUGUUUAUGGAGCAGUUCUCAGUCCCCAUCACCAUGGGGGGGUAUUCAAAUGCCUCCCCAGUACAGGUUAAAACUGCGUAUAAGUGUGCAUGUGUUCUACGAGAUACCAUAAAUCCAUACCUACUGCGGAGAAUGAAGUCGGAUGUCAAAAUGAGCCUUUCUUUGCCAGAUAAAAACGAACAGGUCUUAUUUUGCCGUCUUACAGAUGAGCAACAUAAAGUCUACCAAAAUUUCAUUGAUUCCAAAGAAGUUUACAGAAUUCUCAAUGGAGAGAUGCAGAUUUUCUCUGGACUUGUAGCCCUAAGAAAAAUCUGCAACCACCCUGAUCUCUUUUCUGGAGGCCCCAAGAAUCUUAAAGGUAUUCCAGAUGAUGAACUAGGGGAAGAUCAGUUUGGACACUGGAAACGUUCUGGGAAAAUGAUAGUUGUUGAGUCCUUGUUGAAAAUAUGGCACAAGCAGGGCCAACGAGUAUUGCUGUUUUCUCAGUCCAGACAGAUGUUGGACAUAUUUGAAGUAUUCCUUAGGGUCCAAAAGUAUUCCUAUCUCAAGAUGGAUGGUACCACUGCUAUAGCUUCAAGACAACCACUGAUUACAAGAUACAAUGAGGACACAUCCAUAUUUGUGUUUCUUCUGACCACUCGGGUGGGUGGCCUAGGAGUCAACCUGACAGGGGCAAACCGAGUCAUCAUCUAUGACCCUGACUGGAACCCAAGCACAGACGUGCAGGCCCGGGAGCGAGCGUGGCGGAUAGGCCAGAAGAAACAGGUGACCGUGUACAGGCUUCUGACCGCAGGCACCAUCGAAGAGAAGAUUUACCACCGACAAAUCUUCAAGCAGUUUUUGACAAAUAGAGUGCUAAAAGAUCCAAAGCAAAGGCGAUUUUUCAAAUCCAAUGAUCUUUAUGAGCUGUUUACUCUGACUAGUCCUGAUACAUCCCAGAGCACUGAAACAAGUGCUAUUUUUGCAGGAACUGGUUCAGAUGUUCAGACACCCAAACGCCAUUUAAAAAGAAAACUUCAACUGGCUUUUGGAACAGACCAGAACAUUCCAGUAGGUAAAAAGUUCCCUGGUUCUAACACAUCUGCAAAUGUUGCCACGUCAUCUGAAGAGAAAUCUACAGCUAUAGGACCUGAAGUGAAUGCAGUAACUUCUAAUCUAGGUGAUCCUUUGAAAGAUGCCCCUCAAACAUCUUGUAGUCUAACUAACAGUGAGAGGCUUGGAGAAGAGACAGAUGCAGUGUCCAGACUGCAGGAUUCCUCAGUGAUUCAUGGAAACAGGGAAGGUUCAGAUUCUCCAAGAAUCAGCAAAAUGUACAGGAUGUCUGGUGAGGAAAGCAUCGAUGAAAAGGAGGGUCUUUCUGAUAAAAGAGAAAGCUGCCGGGUUCAAACAGAACCUCUUUGGGAGAAUGAGCAAACAGAAAAUAAUUUUUAUAAGCACAAGUCGAAAACGAAACAUCAUGUGGCAGAAGAAAAGACCCUGGAGAAACAUCUGAGGCCGAAGCAAAAGCUUAAGAGCUCUAAGCACCGCAGAGACGCCAAGUUUGAGGGAACUCGAAUUCCACACCUGGUGAAGAAGAAGCAGUACCGGAGGCAAGACAAUGAAAAUGAGAGCGAGCCCAAGGAACGCAGCCAUGACGACUACGUCCUGGAAAAGCUUUUCAGAAAAUCAGUGGGUGUGCACAGCAUCAUGAAGCAUGAUGCUAUCAUGGACGGAGCCAGUCCAGACUACGUGCUGGUGGAGGCGGAGGCCAACCGUGUGGCCCAGGAUGCCCUCAAAGCACUGAGACUCUCUCGGCAGCGGUGUCUGGGAGCAGCAUCUGGUGUUCCCACCUGGACCGGCCACAGAGGGGUGGCUGGUGCACCAGCAGGAAGAAGGAGCAGAUUUGGUCAGAAAAGGAACUCCAGCUUCUCUGUGCAGCAUCCCUCUUCAGCGUCUCCAAAGGAGAAAUGCCAGGACAGCACUAUGAAAAAGGAUGGAAAAGAUAAUGUUUCGGAGCAUUUUAGUGGAAAAGUUGAAGAUGCAGAGCCUUCAUCCGGAGCCCUCACUUCGUCCUCACUGUUGGCUAAAAUGAGAGCUAGAAACCACCUAAUUUUGCCAGAGCGCUUAGAAAGUGAAAGUGGGUGCCUUCCAGAGGCUUCUGCUCCUCCGCCUUCCAGCAUGGAACACGAUGACCUUCUGGUAGAAAUGAGAAACUUCAUUGCCUUUCAGGCCCAAGUUGAUGGCCAGGCCAGCACUCGGGAGAUACUGCAGGAGUUUGAAUCCAAGUUAUCAGCAUCACAGUCUUGUGUCUUUCGAGAACUAUUGAGAAAUCUGUGCACUUUUCAUAGAACUUCAGGUGGUGAAGGAAUUUGGAAACUCAAGCCAGAAUACUGCUGAUCAAUAUUACCUUCUGAACUUUAAAUUGACUUUUUCUAGUGGAAAUUUCUGAUUAUUAAUCUUAUGAUUAAUAAUCGUAUGUUUUGUCGAUGGAAGUUGGCUGCAUUUGAUGUUUACUUUGAAUGAUAACUACCUCAUAAUUAAAACUUUAAGGAGGAAGAAAUUCUUCUCCGAAACUUAAACGUUUUAAAAAUACCUGUAUUUCUUUUUUUUUUUUUUUUUUCCAAAAUUAAUUAUGAAAUCAGGGAC